AUAAGUUUACAAACAAUUUAAAAAUAUAUUUUUAAAAAGUAUUCAUUGAUUGAAUCAUUUGAAUACUUUAUGACAUAAACUUUUUUUUAGCCAAGAAUUUGUCGACCAUUGGAUCAGCUCUUGAGUAAUGCCAAAGACGAGAUCCAGUCAACAACAAUCAUCAGAUAGUUUGUUGUCAAAGAAGAUGAAAAUGAGUGGUAAUUUCAUGAAUUUGGACGACGAAGUGGUUGAACUGAUUUUGUCCGACUUGUCUCUCGUCAACAAACUGUCCAUCAGAUCGGUUAACAAUAAAGUGAAGACAUGUGUGGAUCGAUUGUUAGCCAAACAAAAGUGCAUUACAUUUAUCAACACAUAUGGCCAGUCAUGCGACACAAUGCAUAAAUACGAUCCGAAACAUUUGGUCCAAAUUUACCGAAUUGGCGGCAAUUUUAACGAUAACAACCAUUGUUUGGUACAAUUGUUGGCCAAAUUACCAAAUUUAAAACACGUAUCAUUUGACAACAAUAUUACGAUCACUAACCAAAUGUUAGAGUUUAUCUUCAAUCGUAGUCCACAAUUGGAUUCACUAUCUUUAAUGGACUAUCGUCUCAAUUACCACGUAUUUGAUUGGAAACGAUUGGGUAAACAAUUGGCUGAUAAACUGAUUUCAUUAGAAAUUGAAUGCCGAAUGAAUCAACAAAUAUCUGAUAAAGAAUUAUCUCAUUUGGUGUCACAACUGGUCAAUCUUCAAGAGCUUAAGAUAGUUGGCAACAGACAUAUGGAGAAAGUGUUUAACAAUUUGGGUCCAAAAGUUGUCAAACUUGAGCUAAAGUAUUGUUGGAAAUUAACAGUACCCGAGAUAAUGGUAUUAAAAGAUAAGUCAUUGGAAAAACUAGUUAUUUGGUUUCAACCGCUGAUGAGUCGGUGUCACGAAGAUAUUUUUGAUUGCAUUUGCCAAAACCUGACGGAUCUAAAGACACUGAAAUUUAAUCAUUUCAUGAAAAUUGACUCAAUGAAGAUAAUCGACAAUCUGAACCAAUUGAAGACAUUCAACUAUAACUUCAGUGGACAUCUUCCAACUCAAGCUCCUAAUAUUAAUUUCAGAGUAUAUUUUCCCCUUCCGUUUGGCUAUUUUGCUCAACCGAUGCCAUCAUUAUUGUCACUGAAAUUGACAAAUAUUUCAUUAACACCAUUGGUAUUAUCAAAAUGGCUAAAGAUAUUGCCGAACCUACGAGACCUAUCAUUGGACACUAGGUUUGACUGUAUUUGUCUUCGCAACACAACCGGUGGCUGUCAUUGUUGUGUUCAGUCGUGUUUCAUGUAUUUAUCUCAUCUCAAGAACUUACGAUCUCUACAUAUGGCUAAUCCUAACACAACUCAUUAUUAUGAAUGGCUGUCACUCGUGGAUCAAAUUACAGACUACACAUUAAUAGCGUCUAAAGUGAGUUCAAAGUUUUUAAUUGUCGUAUUAAACACAUUGUUAAUGUUGGCAACGAAAUCCAAUCGUAUUAUUCGGGUUCGUCUAUUUGCCGCCAGUGACCAUAUUCGCCGCAAUAUUGAUGGUAUCAAUUGGUCCGGUACUAAACAACUCAGAGUCAUAACUGAUUAAUUUUUUUGUGACUAUAUUUAUAUUUAUCAAUAAAUUUGUA